UCCCGUGUAACUCGCCCCUUAACUGCUCCAUGGUUGUAGGCUUUACACAUCUGCCGACCAGUUGCGGGGUCUCGCCCGCGCCAUUACAGCAUUGACCGACUCCUACUGCUUGUAUCUAGGCCGUUCCUCCCAGAUUUCUUCCUAAUUACCAAGCGAUGUUUUCGUUUCAUAAGAGUGAUGCUCUGCCACGAUCCCGACAAUCGUCUAUAGACUCCCUGGCCCUUGGACCCUCGACCUCUGAUGCAGAACCCGACCUUUGGGUGUCUCAAGGCUCCGGUCUUUCUUCUCAUGGAGGAAUGCACUCGCCGGAACAACGACAGAGAGCUUAUUCGACUAGGCGGAGUUCCGUCUUUAACCUGCGGUCAAGAAGCAACACAGCCACCUCCAUGACACCCUCGUUGUUAUCGUUGUCUCAUCCUGACAUGGCUGAAAAUGAAGCCUCCUUGCAUGAACCACCUUCCAGGAGCCAUUUUGAAUCAUCAGGGCCUGGGGCAAGAAGGUCGUUGUUCCGCGGGAAGAAGGGAAAGCGAUCAAGCGAGACAGUCACGUCCAGUAUAGAUGCUACCGACUAUAAGGAGACGGAUGCGUCAGAGAAGCGGACAUCAGUCUUACGGAAGGGUAGAAGACAACACAAUCAGCCUGAAGGCUCUUUCCGAAACCUUAAACAUCGCAUAUCCAGCCCCUUCGACUUCCAGCACCUCACGCAUACCGAUCGACACCAGUUUGCUGCCCUCGAAAAGGCCUCUAGCGAUAAUCAAGCUGCUAGCUUCUGGGCAGUGAGCGCAUCGCAAUCUUCUAGCCGAAGCCCCACCGGGAUCAAGGCCGAUCAUCUUCAUUUCAGCAAUUUCUCAUCCGAGGAUCUGGCGACAUCAGAGGGCCAGUCGAUAUCUGCUCUAGGAUUUGGGUCACCUCCCCGCAGUCCGGAAUCGGCUCACGAAUGGCAACAGACGGAUUGUUCCCCACGGGUUGUAGCCUCGAGACCAACGCUUCGCGUGUCUAGAUCUGUAGAGAGUUUCUCCCAGCCGGGUCUCAGUCCCCGGAAUCAUCAUCACUCACAGUCCGGUGUAGGUCCGCCUCGGUUUUCCUCCCUUCCUUCUCUAGUCCCUAUACAUGACGGUCGGGAAACUUUGGAUGAUAGGGAAGAACCAAUUGUACUAGGGUCCUACCGUUCCAAACGAGAGUCCGGUGUGUGGGAUUCAUUCGCGCUUGGGGCUACAUCACCAGCAUCACAAUUGCCAGGGUUACAAGAAGAGGAAGAAGCUUCAACAUAUUUUGGACAUGCUCUCUCCACGCCUGAUGAUUCUGCCAUCCUUGCCAUGACACCACCGUUCAGUCCCAGCCUUGAGGAUGUCGAUGAGGAACCAGAAAGAUUUGUUAGCCCUCGACCCGCGCCACAACCACCAGUGCGGACACCAACUACACCCAGAUCACCCCUCUUUGAGUCCUUCGCCUUCAACAGCCAACGCUCCCCAAUGUCUAGAACCCGCGUCCGUGGGAAUUCCCAUUCUUCGACAUCUUCCAACCAAAGAAGUCCGCUCACGCGACCCAUGUCACAAAUGUCAGAAACCCUAGGGUCGGGCAAUCUGACGCGCAGGGGUUCUAUUCGAAGACCCUCCGUCAGUCGCCGCAGGUCCAACACAUGGCGUGCGAUAGAAGAGUCAUGGGAAGAUGAUGUUGAUUACAUCUAUGAGAAUGCAUUGGAAGCUGAUUGCGAUUUUGAAUGGGAUCGUGCAUCUGAUGACGGGGAUUAUGACAGCCACCAGCACGACCUUGGGCAGGCAAGUCGCGUCAACUCACAUUCUAAGACACAGCUGGAUGCGCAGAUGCGAUCCUUGGUACAUGAGGGCGACGCUUUCGCUCCAACGAAACCCACUUCCGUUGACUUUCGCACAUCUCUACUCGUUCCUAGCGCUAGGAGCGUCCCAGAUUUGGUUCCUACGUCUGCCAUGUCUAUAUCGACCACAGGGACGGGACUACUAACACCCUCUAAUCCAUUCCAUGGGAAUGGCUUCACCGUGGACGAAGGGUUCGCGCUGAGCCCCUCGCUUUUGGUUCCUCAAGAAUACAAAGACACGCGUGAAGUCACCUAUGAGGAUCUCCUCGAUGAGUACGAUGGUUCAGAUCGACACUUUCCUAUGCUUGACGCAACCCAAAGCACAACCAGCUCUUCCCGCAAUAGUCACGUUCGAUUCAGUAGACGAAGCUCAUAUGACAGUAGCUUUAUGUCUUCUGCCCAGAGCUCCGGCCUCUGGAGCUCUCCGGUCCGUCGUUCUGCGAGUUCCGCUGGUAGCGUACCAGAGCUUGUGCCCUCUCGCCGCACGCGGAAGGACCUCAGUUUCAGCCUCGUAGUCGAACAGCUGUCCGAACAAGUCGCCUCCCUUCGCCAAUAUGACGAAGAAGAUAAGGAUGAUGAUGACGUUACACCUCCGGGGCGUAAUAUGCAUGGCCGGACAUUCUUCGCUUCUGAAGAGGAACCACAGAAGGUCCAUGGACCUCAAAGUUCCCUUGAGUGUGAACUUAAGACCUCAUUAGAGCUCGCACGAUGCGGUUCGCAGCGCAUCGAUCGUUCUGCAAGCGAAGGUCGGCUAGAUACGUUGAAGGACCUUGCUUGUCAAGACUCGCAGCUCUCCAGCCGUGCUCCAGCAUAUCACCACAAGCAGACGCUAUCUGAUGGCGCAACAAAAUUGCUCAACGCAGCUUCAAACGCUACAGAGGAUCGACCUGCAAAGCCGCGCAAUCGCGCAGCAAGCCAGCCGAUGCUGAGUCUCUUCCCAACACCUCCACGUCAGUCACCAACUCCUAACCGAGUGUAACGCCGUUCCUAUCGAAGCCGUUUCCAGAGAUCACACUUCUGUGGCACGGCCCUACAACGAAUCCUAUUGCUCUCCACCCAGUGGUAUGGCUGGACCAUGCUUCGAAUCACGCUGUCAAUGACAACCACAUUGCGUUCAAUGUAUAUAUAUUCACGACUCAUGAGCGUCUAUGACGCUAUCUCCAUUUUCUUUUUAGUUUUUAGUUAUUCGCUAUCUUAGAUGGAAGAUUGAAGGGUCACAGCUGGAGUGCUAUCUUUUUCUUCUAUUAACCCGUCGAAUUUCCUUGUGU